AUGUCCUCGUCGAAUAUCCGGGUAUUCGUACAAUGGAAGGACUCGACCGUGUUCGCCGGCGAAGACGUACAAUGCACAAUCACCUUCAAGAACGUAGCCAACCCAGACGGACGUGACCCCUCGCUAGCGCGCAGACGCAACGGCUUUGCGCCCGGCGGAGAGCGACAGCGCAAGCUGCCCCCCGUCCACUCCUCCGCGAGACCGUCGAUAUCACGCAACUCGUCCUUUGUCUCUCAGAUACCAGGCUCCCCGCUCCUGCGCGGCCACCGCCCUGCACAGUCGCUCCAUGCCUCGUCGGUUGCUGGAGACGCGCGAUCGCCCAUCUCACCCGGCGGGGCAUUUGGCAACAGUGGAAGGGGCAACACGCAUGGCCGGUCCAUAUCCAUCAUAUCCCUAGGCACCGACGCGGCCACGGGAGGAAGCCACAAUGGCAGCGCAACGCCUACACGGCCAAUGCGGGCACACGGCAGGUCUGCCAGUCUGCAGGUCGUGCCAAACAGGCCCUCCUCGUAUCCAGUGCCUUCUCCGGGCCACCGCUCAGCUACACACCCAUCACCACUCGCAGGCGGCGCUUCUUUCCCACCCACCAUCCAAGAACCCUCGAACGAGUUUGCGUUUCCUACACGUCCAGCGAGAAGGAGGCCAGGCGUCACCACCACGCCAAGCACGCCUGCUCUUCCUGUCACAGGACGGAAGCCAUCAGGCUCGUUUUCGUCCAACUUUAGAUUUCCAAUGGGCCCUCCAGCGAACGACCCUUCGCCAGAACGACGCGAGAUGCAGGACACCACACACACCCCGCCACUGCACACCCCCCCUGUGCAGACACCGCGAGCGAGAGGCCACUCCCCACAAGCAACACAUAGCGGUCGCCGGAUGCCUGCAAAUCCACAUCUAGAGACCCUCUCGCCAGUCGCCCGGAUAAUAUCUGCGUCCAGCAUGGAAGGCACACCGCGUAGUAGCGGCGAAUUCUACUCCAUGAGCAACAACUCGUCAGAGACCCUGGCCUCCGAACACGUCGCACAUCCCUCUGCACGAUUUCUACCGAGGGCACUGCACCAAAGACAAGCAAGCCAUCUGGCACCACCAAAGCGGCAGCUCCAGCCGGAGUCUCUGAUGAUGGGAUAUGCGCAAAUCAUGGGCUCCUUCACCCUCGAUGGCUCUUUGAUCAACCAGGCACCUUUCGAAGAAGUGAAGAGGAAAGGCGUUGUAGGUGGUCAGGGGAGCGGCGGUGUGGUUGGAGUAGAAAGACAAAAACACGAAAGCGGGCUGUUUGGUGCGCUAGGUUGGGGAAAUAUAGGAGAAUCUCUAGGCGGCUUACUGGGCUCAUCUGAGCCUUCAAGCAUUCGCGAAAUGCGAAGCACUGCGAGCUCGAAGACGGUCCCACUCAUCACCACGCCACAGUCGAUUCUGUUCGUUGAUCUCAAACUCGCGCCCGGGGAGAGUCGUAGCUACACUUACAGCUUCACUUUGCCCCGUGGGCUGCCACCAUCGCACAAAGGGCGCUCGAUAAAGGUCGAUUACCAUCUGACGAUUGGCACACAACGGGCAGGCUCGACCAAAGAGCAACAAGUGAGACAUGUCGAUGUUCCUUUCCGAAUCUUUGGCAGUGUCAACGGGCGAGGAGAUAUACUCGGUCACGAUCUGAUGACUCCAUACAUCAUCCUACGCGACCAAGCUCGAACCGCGAGUGUUGACGUAGCCGCGGGAACCGACUCGGCUUUGACAACAAAGAAAGCAGCUACUGCAAGUAAAGCAGGCCAGGACCCAUUCGCCGAGUUCCUAACAUAUGUCGACAACCUGCUAGAUCGGCCGCGGCAGAACUCGAGCAUAGGUUUGCUGUCGCCAACUGGCACGAUACCAGGGCAAUCAUCACAUGCUGAAGAUCAUCCUCAAACCAUGAAGGAUUCCAUCGAUAUGGCCAUUCUCCGCAGCAACCUCACAGGCGCAGCAAAUCAGAGCGCUAAUCGAUUCGAGAUCGCUCGUAGCGGACGCCGUGUUGCAGUCAUCAUGCUGGCCCGACCGGCGUAUCGACUGGGAGAGACUAUGUCGGCCGUAAUCGACUUUACCGACUCCCACAUACCAUGCUACUCCGUUCACAUCUCUCUCGAAACCUCGGAGAAGGUCGAUCCAGCUAUUGCUCUACGAUCAAAUGCCUCCAUCUACCGCGUCACGAAAAAAGCUCACGCGUCUUUCUCUGGGAACGCACUGUUUGCUCAGAAGCUAGCCUUUUCACCUACAAUACCGCCAAACGCCACACCCGAGUUCAUUACCAGCGGCAUCAGCUUAGAGUGGAAACUCAAAAUCGAAUUUAUCACGCCGCGUGUCACCCAUGACGACGGAGGAGUACAGUCGUUCGACGACCUGCUUGAGGAGAUAUCCAGUGACGAUAGGGGUGUCAUACUGGCAGCAGUACAGAGACUACCAGCAGAAAGUUUCGAAGUACAAGUCCCAAUCAAAGUGUAUGGCGCCGUGACAGGAGCGCCUGAUGCGCCUGAUGAAGAGGGCCUGCCUGUGUGA